GCGCAUGGGCACUGCGCAGCGUCACAGAACACUUUACGUAAUGUUUGUGUUUAAACUGUGUUUCCUUUUAAACAUUAAGGUGUUGUGGUUGUGAAGCAAGACUUGGAUUAUCCUUUGUGAUUUUUCUACACUCCUGAUUUCUUCUUACUCCGCGACUGGACCUGACUCUUACACCGACUCUACAGCAGUGAUGAUGAACUUCGGAGGAGGAGCCGCGCUUCAGCAGCACCAGGAUGUGGAGCCCGAGCCCGGAUGGAGCGGACUGGACGACCCCUGGAACGGGACACAGAGGGAGACGUUUGUGUUUCCGCAGGAUGAGGACGAUGACAACUGGCCUGUGCUAUGCCUCUCUCCUGUUUGGAUGCCAACACCUGUGGGGAGCCCAUCCCCACCUAUGAGAGGCCUCUCUCCUUUAUGUACCCCACCACCUGUGAGGAGCCCAUCCCCACCUAGGAGAGGCCUCUCUCCUUUAUGUACCCCACCACCUGUGAGGAGCCCAUCCCCACCUAGGAGAGGCCUCUCUCCUUUAUGUACCCCACCACCUGUCAGGAGCCCAUCCCCACCUAGGAGAGGCCUCUCUCCUUUAUGUACCCCACCACCUGUCAGGAGCCCAUCCCCACCUAGGAGAGGCCUCUCUCCUUUAUGUACCCCACCACCUGUGAGGAGCCCAUCCCCACCUAUGAGAGGCCUCUCUCCUUUAUGUACCCCACCACCUGUCAGGAGCCCAUCCCCACCUAGGAGAGGCCUCUCUCCUUUAUGUACCCCACCACCUGUGAGGAGCCCAUCCCCACCUAUGAGAGGCCUCUCUCCUUUAUGUACCCCACCACCUGUGAGGAGCCCAUCCCCACCUAGGAGAGGCCUCUCUCCUUUAUGUACCCCACCACCUGUCAGGAGCCCAUCCCCACCUAGGAGAGGCCUCUCUCCUUUAUGUACCCCACCACCUGUCAGGAGCCCAUCCCCACCUAGGAGAGGCCUCUCCCCUUUAUGUACCCCACCACCUGUGAGGAGCCCAUCCCCACCUAGGAGAGGCCUCUCCCCUUUAUGCACCCCACCACCUGUGAGGAGCCAAUCCCCACCUAUGAGAGGUCUCUCUCCUUUAUGGACCCCACCACUUGUGAGGAUCCCAUCCCCACCUAUGAGAGGUUUCUCUCCUUUAUGGACCCAACCACUUGUGAGGAUCCCUUCCCCACCUAUGAGAGGUCUCUCCCCUUUAUUGACCCCACCACCUGUGAGGAGCCCAUCCCCACCUAUGAGAGGCCUCUCUCCUGUAUUGAUCCCACCACCUGUGGAGAGCCUCUCUUCUGUAUGGAUCCCACCACCUGUAUGGAUCCCACCACCUGUGGGGAGCCCAUCCACACGUAUUAGAGACCUCUCUCCUGUAUGGAUCCGACCACCUGUAUGGAUCCCACCACCUGUGGGGAGCCCAUCCACACAUAUUAGAGGUGUCUCUCCUGUAUGGACCCCACCACCUGCUAUGAGCACAUCCACACCUAUGAGAGGCCUCUCUCCUGUAUGGAUCCCACCACCUGUGGGGAGCCGCUCUCCUGUAUGGAUCCCACCACCUGUGGGGAGCCGCUCUCCUGUAUGGAUCCCACCACCUGUGGGGAGCCGCUCUCCUGUAUGGAUCCCACCACCUGUAUGGAUCCCACCACCUGUGGGGAGCCCAUCCCCACCUAUGAGAGGCCUCCCUCCAGUUUGGAUCCCACCACCUGUCCCACGCCAGGGCAUAAGGAGGAGGAGGGACGAAGAGGAUGGCAGUCAAGAAGCCCCUCCGAGUAGACGGCAGCAUGUGGAUCAGGAUUUCAUCAGGAUUUCACCAGGAGGAUCGUCCAUCACCUCUUAUCCAUGAUGUGUGGUAAGUAUGUGUGGUAAGUAUUUCAUCCCUAGAUUAAAGCAUUAGUCUUUUUUAAUAAAUAUGUAAUCCUUUUUAAACAUGUGGGGUGGUGAGAAUCUGCUUGAUACCUUCUUGUCUGUUGUGUUGGAAAAAAAAUAAAAAAACAUUUUGGAGCUAACUAUGUAACCUGUUCCCAAAAUUUUCAGUAGACCCAAGAGCCCAGUGUUCAUGCUCAGGCCUCUUCUGUAGUUUUUUUAAGAACAGCUCUUACGAGCUCAUAGCCCAUAGUUCAUAGCUAUAUCAUUCGGUCACUUCAUGAAUCUCGGUGUGAUUGCGCAGGCAUCCAGAGGAUUCUUACCACCGUCUCUAGCGUAAUCUCUAAAUGUAAAUCAUUUUAAUGAUAGAAUUGUGGUAAGAUUAAAGUAGUUGGCAUUUAGUUAAAAA